CAUUUAUUCACAGCCAACUAAGUCAAGUAGAAAGCUUGCUUGUCUUUUGCAAAAAAAAAAAAAAAAAACACUUUGAAUAAAAACAUUUUUAAAAAAGAAAAAAAAUGGUUUCUAAUCACUGGGCUUUUGCUUUUGGUGUCCUUGGAAAUAUUGUCUCGUUCAUUGUGUUCCUUUCUCCAAUACCAACGUUCUAUAACAUUUACAAGAAGAAAUCUACAGAAGGUUACCAAUCAAUUCCAUAUGUGGUUGCACUCUUUAGUUCGAUGCUUUGGAUAUACUAUGCACUUUUGAAAUCCAACAUGCCCCUACUCAUUACAAUUAACUCCUUUGGUAUGUUCAUUGAGACUAUCUACGUUGGUCUCUACCUUCUCUACGCACCAAAGAAAGCCAGGGUCCAAACUAUAAAAAUGCUCAUGUUAUCAGUGGUCGGUGGAUUUGGUGCAAUAGUGCUAGUUACUGAAUUUCUAUUCAAAGGAGUUGUUCGUGGACAAGUUGUUGGAUGGAUUUGCCUUAUUUUCUCAUUAUGUGUAUUUGUUGCACCCUUAGGCAUUGUGAGAAAAGUCAUCAAAACAAAGAGUGUGGAAUACAUGCCAUUACUUCUAUCAGUUUUCCUCACAUUAAGUGCUGUUAUGUGGUUCUUCUAUGGUCUCUUACUAAAAGAUAUUAACAUUGCUGCUCCAAAUGUAUUGGGAUUCAUCUUUGGUAUACUCCAAAUUGUGUUGUAUGCAAUAUACAGCAAAAAAGAGAAGGUCAUUCUAAAGGAACAGAAACUUCCAGAAAUACAAACUCCAGCAGUAAUUGUGAAGAAUGAGAAUAUGAUGAAUACUAAUAAGAAGCUUCCAGAACUCACACAAGAACAAAUAAUUGACAUAGUGAAACUUGGUUUACUCGUUUGCUCAGAUAAAACACAGGUUGCCACGUGUCCAAAUGAUACUAAUUGUGGAGUUAAAAACACUAACAAUAAUGUAGUAAACAUGCCUAAGCUGCAAACUGUGGCUUAAUUUGGGACUAAUCUCAGAUUAAUUGUCAUUUCUUUUGAGUUAAUUUCCUAAUUCUAGCUUUAUCUUGUUACGUACUCAAAAAGAUAAAAUCAAUAAUAAUAAGCUUUUAUCCAA